AGUGAGAACGUUCCGCGGUCCACAGUGCACCGCGUCUAGAUCUUUCUGCAUCGAGGGUACGCGAUCUCCUAUUCAUGCACGUGUUGUGUAUACGUACGACUAGCUGCAGAAUUUGCUUGUACAACAUUGCACCACGCGCUAUAAAUUGUGUUGGAAACGCCUAGGCCAGGGCGUGAUUUUAUUUUGAUCGUGACAGAAUAGAAAGGAUAAGGUUAAAAUGGAUCCGGGAGAACUCAAGUUGUUGAAAGAAUUUGUAACUGUUUGUAAGGCAAAUCCUGAAAUUUUACACACUCCACCUCUCGAGUUUUACAAAGAAUAUCUGGAAAGUCUUGAUGCCAAGAUCCCAGGGCCUAAGGAAACACCAAGCACAUCAUCAGGAGCAGCCUCAUCAGAGCCUUCUGCGCAGGCUCCUCCAGCACCAGAACCAGAACCAGAACCAGAACCAGAAGAACCUAUGGAUCCAGAGAGUGAAGAGAGUGAUCUGGAGCUUGACAAUGAGGGCGUGAUUGAGCCAGACACAGACGAGCCUCAACCCAUGGGAGACACAAGCAAGGAGGUCACAGAUGAGAUGCAGGACGAAGCCAACAGCAAGCGAUCGGAAGCCAUGGCGGCCGUGUCAGAGGGUAACAUCGAGGAAGCCAUCAAGAUCUUCACAGAAGCCAUUGAGAUCAACCCACAUUCUGCCCUGCUUCAUGCAAAGAGAGCCAGCUGCUUUGUUCGUCUCAACAAGCCCAACGCUGCGAUCCGUGACUGCGACAAGGGAAUCGACCUCAACCCGGACUCCGCCCAGGUCUACAAGUGGAGGGGUAAAGCCCACAGACUGCUGGGACACUGGGAAGAGGCCUUCCGGGAUCUGCAGAUGGCCUGCAAGCUGGACUACGAUGAAUCGGCCUACGAGAUGCUCAAGGAGGUAGAGCCCAGGGCCAAGAAGAUCGUAGAGCACAAGAGGAAGUAUGAGAGGAAACAUCAGGAACGAGAAUUAAAUGAGAAGAAGGAGAGGAUCAGGAAGGCUAAACUAGCAGCAGAGAAAGCACGCAAGGAAGAAGAAGAGAGAAGGAAGCGUGAGGCAGAAGAAGGAUUCCCUGGCGGAUUCCCUGGCGGGUUCCCUGGAGGAUUCCCAGGAGGCAUGCCAGGCGGCUUCCCUGGGGGAUUCCCCGGUGGAAUGGGCGGCGGUGGCAUGCCUGGGGGAUUCCCCGGAGGUAUGCCCGGAGGUAUGGGCGGCGGCAUGCCUGGUGGUAUGCCAGGGGGAAUGGGCGGCGGCAUGCCUGGUGGUAUGGGCGGUAUGCCUGGUGGUAUGCCUGGCGGCAUGGGUGGCAUGCCUGGUGGCAUGGGGGGUAUGCCAGGCGGCAUGCCCGGUGGAAUGCCUGACAUCAGCGGCAUCAUGUCUGAUCCAGAGAUCCUUUCGGCUUUCCAGGAUCCUCAAGUGCAAGAAGCCUUUGCUGACAUCAGCUCCAACCCCGCCAACAUCGCCAAGUACCAGAACAACAAGAAGAUCACUGACCUCAUCGCCAAGAUGCAGUCCAAGGUUCCCAGAGGAGCGGGCGGGGCUGGAGGACCACCCGGAGGACCUCCAUCACCACCCCCACCAGCCUCUGGAGGAGGGGCUCCACCUCAGGGAGAACCCUCGGCUCCUGGAGCAAGCACUCAAGACAUUGAUUGAGCCGUUGCUACAAUGUACGUUCCUACUGUCACAUUGAUUCCAAAUGCAUCUAAGAUGACGUUACGUAUCCACUUCAUGCAUGUAGAUAUUAAGUCUCUGUUCUCUGGAUGAAGACUAUGUUUUAAGAGGUACCAAUCCAUAAGGCCUUUAAAAAAAAGAUGUUGCAUUGCCCUUUGCGACCGACCCCCAAUUUUUUUUGUUUACUGUUUUUUAGAGAAAAAAAAUAUCAAAGCAUUCAAAACCUGGAAAUAUCUGCCCAAAGAGGGAGAAAAAAAAAAGGGAAAAAAAGAAAAGAUUUCUGAUCGACCAACCCAUGAUUUGGCACCUUAAGGGCAAUACAACAUCUUUUUUUAAUGCCUAAAAUAACAUUCAAAUAAUAUGACAUAAUCUAAAGAGCUAAAGCCAGGGAAGCGAUCUGUUUUUCAUAGGCGAUGCAAAAGUUAUUUAGAAAUGAGUCGUAUCAUUAUGUAUGGUAAUCAACUUUAUACACUAAGAGUUUAAUAUGCCGCAAAGGGAUCUGUGAAGAGAAAAAGUAAACUCACUUUUUCUUAUAUUAAAUGGAAAUGAAUCUACAAGGAAAAGUGUGUCAAAAGCUGACCAUUUAAAAAAUCUAUCUUCUACAUGGCUCAUAAAAAAGGAUCGCGAAUUAGUUUUAGGUUCAUCGGAAAGACUCCAAUCCUUCUGUUUAGUUUUCCUACCAAUAAUUGAAAAUUUUAUUACUCGGGUCUCAGGUGUACAUGUAAGUUGAUCAUUUACUUAGAGGUAUCAAAUUACACUGGAUGUCCAAAAAUAUAUAUAUAUUUUUAAUGUUUAUAUAAACCCAUCUCACACACACCCACAGAGCACUUAAAUCCUUUAAAAGGUCAAUAAAAUAUGUGUGCUUUGGCAAUUGUAAAUAGCUCUUAUCUUGGCACCAAGCAUUUAGCACAAUUUACACAAUGUGAAACCACGAAUAGUCAACAACAUUUCAUAUGGCUCCUUUUAGUGGCUAUAGAAACUAUUACUAUCUAAUGUAGAUUAGGGAUUUCGUAUUUCUAGCUGAAGUUAUAAUUUUGUAUCGCUGUCUUGUACAAUAUCAUAGGGUAAUAAUGAUAACAUCAAAUGUAUUGCAUGUGCUGGUAUGUUUUGUUUGAAACAGUAGCAAAUGAUAUGUCCCUGAAUUAUGAAUUUUAUAUACCCCUUUGUGAGUUAUUCUUGGAUGUUCGCUGCUAUCAUUUAUCCAUUUUAUGUAUCGUCUCUCUAACUAAAUUCCUUUAUUGUCAGCUUUCAUCAAAUUAAGGCUGCCAAUAGUGGAGGGCUCGAUCCUGUAUUGCAUGUUCAUGAUGUUUACUAAUUCUUACAUAAACAAAUUAAAGAAUGGUCUUAUUUGUUUAGCCUCAUGAGCUAUAGAAGGAAUAUUCAUAUUCUUUCGUGGUAUUGCAUGUACUCUGUACUGUGCGUAGCAAUUUGAAAUGGUUUUUCUUUUAUGUGUAAAUUGGUCACUGCUUCUAAGUGAAGUUAAUACCUGUUGAUAUUCAAAUUAUACACCAGUAUGUAAUUAUUGUUUUUCCUGUAAACGAUUCGAUCUCUGUUUGUCAUUGAAUUUCGUGGUGGAGGCAUGAGAAACAUGGCCUCUUCACUUCAUAAUUUGAUUUUGUUAUCAAUUUAAAAUUGUAUAUCAUGAAAGUAAUUUUCUAUAUUUUUUUUCUAUUGAUGUCAACAUUAUGGGUCAUCUAAAAUUGAUUUUGAACUCAUUAAUAGUUUCAAAAUGUAUCCUGAUGGACAGGAGCCGAGUUAAGUAAUUCAUUUGAUUUAAAAAAAACUUAUGUCCUUCUAAUUUUGUAGUAAUGUUCAUUCCAAAUGUUCUCUUUACAUUAUCAAUAUGCGUCUCUAAAAAAAAAAAAAUGAUAACAAUUUUGACUUCUGUACUUUUUGUCUAAAAAUUCAAAAAAAAAUCAAUACUUUUCCUAUAAGGUGUACCCUAUUGAUUCAUUUAUGAAUACUUCAAAGAAAAUUUCGAGGCAAAUAAAUAUAAAAUGAUUUCUUUGUGAAACUUA